CUACCCCCCCCCCCCACACACACACUCGUUGUCUCUUUUUUACUCUCUCUCUCUUUCACUGUCGGUCACACACGCGCGCGGGCACACACACAGCAGCACACGGGCACGCGCGCACACACAACGCUAACGGUCACACCCACCCGGACUCCCAGAAAAAAAUCUUAAAAUCUCUUAAAAAGAUGGCUUCAGGAGGUUUAGGAGAGAGUACAGUUAUUCAGCUCGGCUUGAUCAAUGUAGAAGACAAAUAUUUGACCGCGGAGGCGUUCGGCUUUAAAGUAAACGCGUGCGCCACGUCCAUGCGUAAGAAACAGGUAUGGACGCUGGAGCACGCGGACCAGGCGGGAGACUCCAGCUCGGUCCUCCUGCGCAGUCACUUGGGUCGCUACCUGUCCUCCGACAAGGACGGGAACGUGACAGCUGAGUGCGAGCGACCCUGCCCAGACUGCCGCUUCUGCGUGGUGGCGCAUGCCGACGGCCGCUGGUCACUCCGCUCCGAGGCGCACGGCCGCUACCUGGGCGGCACCGAGGAUCGCGUGGUGUGCUCCACGACCGACGAGAAGUGGUACGUUCACCUCGCCACGCACCCGCAGGUCAACCUGUACAGCGUUGCACGCAAGCGCUACCUGCACGCGCACCCCGGGCGCAGCGAGCUCGCGGCGGACCGCGAUGCACCCUGGGGCGUGGGCUCCGUGCUCACCUUGGUGUACCGUGAGCGCCGCUACCACCUGCAGACCGCCGGCGGCCGCUUCCUCUCCAGCACCGGCGCGCUGGUUCCGGAGACGCAGAACGACACCGGGUUCACGCUGGAGUUCCGCGCGGGUACUGUGGCGUUCCGGGACGCUACCGGGAGAUACCUGGCACCCUCUGGCCCGAGCGGUGCAGUCAAGGCGGGUAAAAACGUCCGUGUGGGUAAAGACGAGGUGUUCGUGCUGGAGAGGAGCCGCGGGCAGGUGGUGCUGACCGCCAGCAACGACAGGAACGUGUCCAUGCGCCAGGGCGUGGAUCUGUCAGCCAAUCAGGACGAAGAGUCGGAUCAGGAAGUCUUCCAGAUGGAGGUGGACCAGGAGACGAAGCGCUGUGCUUUCAGGGCCUGUAACGGGAAAUACUGGAGCCUGACUCUGAGCGGAGCGAUUCAGUGCACCGCUUCGGAAAAAUCCGCCAGCUGCUUCUUUGAGUUGGAGUGGAACGGAGCGAAGGUCACACUCAAGGCCAGUAACGGCAAGUACAUAGCAGCCAAGAAGAACGGUCAGCUGGCUGCCUCCGUGGACUCCGCAGGUGAACAGGAGGAGUUUGUGUUGAAGCUCAUUAACAGGCCGCUGAUCGUCGUGCGCGGAGAAGAUGGCUUCAUCGGCUGCCGUAAGCAAGGCACCGGAACACUGGACUCCAACCGCUCUUCCUACGACAUCUUCCAGUUGGAGUACACUAACAAUGCCUACUGCCUCCGAGACUCAGCAGGGAAGUACUGGAUGGUGGAGGCUGAUGGCGUCGUCGUGAGCAGCAGCGCCACGCCCAUCUACUUCCUGUUUGAGUUCUGUGAUUAUAACAGAGUGGCCAUUAAGACACAACAGGGUCUUUAUCUGAAGGGAGACCAUGCUGGGGUGCUGAAGGCUAAUGCAAAGAGUAUCGCUAAUGCUACGCUGUGGGAGUACUAAUACACACACCCACACACACACACACACACACACACACACACACUCCUGACUGACUCUAUGUUCACACUAACAAAUAACAGGUGACUAUCCUACAUAGUUUCUACAUACGUGACGCAUUCUGACUUUUACCUGUAGCUUGUUUACGGCUGAAGACAACGUCAUUUCAUCUCAUUAAAAUGUCUGUAGGGACGUUAGGAAGAAAAAUACAGCAUGAAAAGAAUUAGCUAUACAUAUACCUACUACCAUUUCUUAGCAAAACACAGACCACGCCCACAAAGUAAUAGUUGCUACGCGCAAACAAAACUACGAGCAGCACCGUGUCACCCGCUAGAGUGAACGUACGGCUACUGCUACAACUCAAGAACAAACGACAGAGACUGACGCUACAUACUUAAGUAUGAUACGUGAACACAAAGCACAAGGCAAACAAAAAAGCACACUACACGCUAAAAAAAAGACGAACUGCACACUAAGCUAAUUCUGUUGUGAUAGCUAGCUACGCGUUGUUUAAAAGCUUACUAGCUGAUCAUCUUUUAUAAAUUUGUAAAACAGACCCAAAUAGUCGCUCUCAGACUGUGACAGUAUCUAGGGUAUGGGUUAAGAGUUAAACCUGAAGUGGGCGUGGCCUAAAAGGACAAACCACGUAAGAACUUCAGCAGCUAUAGUUGAUUCUCAUUCACGUACAUCUCUAAUAGAUCCAUCGUCUCGGAAAUAAACUGGAAAAAGCGCUUUAUCCAGCACCGGAUCAUCCGAUCUGUCUCUCUUUGAACUGGUCAGGACUCGGUGUGACCAUUCCACACACGGCUGUUCUGCAUGUGCAGUGUCAUGAAGCUAACUGUAAAGUAGGCGCUAGUACACACUCGCUGCUCCGAAAUAUACCUGCGCUUCUGAAUACGUGUCAUUUUAGUGGGAUAUAUUUACAGGGUGAUGUUUCUUGGGAGAGAAAACUUCAUUCUCACAUCUGAGGGGUUCAACAAGACUUGACGCCGCUGACAAUCGCGACUAAUCCCGUCUCCUAUUAAUUAGCAGAGUUAGAUUCCAGAACAUCUGUCAUUCAGAGUUACAGAAACACAAGGGGUGUACGCUCCCGUGAAGACCGCUAGAAGACGCGGAUGAGGUUCGUGUAAAUCAGCAGCUUGUCCUUCACAGAUGAGGACUGUGUCCUGAACCAGAAACAUUUUUAGCGUGAAGGGAGGCUGGUGUAAUGAGGUCGGGUUUUAAAUAGCAGUGCUGCUACGUCCAGAGCUCUAGAAAAACACAACGCUUUCCUGACUACACACACACACACACACACACACACACACGCACAAAUCACACCCUUCAUUUGUUAAACAGAUACCCGUGGAGUCUCUCUUUAACAGGAACAACGACAAAGUUUAUCAUCAACAAGGUUUAGUUUAACUUUUGGAACAGUUCACUCCAUUACACACACCGCUGUUCUGAUAGCGACACAGCGGGAAUUAGCGCUCGCGUCAUCUCUGGCUGAAGAGAGCGAUGUGGCGGCGCUUUAGCGUGUUAGUCUGCAGCUUUCACCUUCUGUGAGAUAUAUACACUCUACUCAAACCUUUAUAGCUAACUCUGCAUUUAUAGCUAACUCUGCAUUUAUAGCUAACGCGCAUUUUAUCACUAAUUAGCCGAGCCGAGCGCUUGCUGGAGUCUCAGUCGCUUCUACGCUGGACGACGGGGAAAAAUCUAAACAGAUCGCUGCUAUUGAACAUUAUUGUAACUGCGCUAACUAUUAGCAAUUUCAUAACGUUGUGACAUCACAACACAACACCGCUAACUUCUGACAGGAAUGAAAACAAAAAAACAAAACACAACUAAAACACAAACUAGCAUCAGAACCAGUAUUUCAGUCUAAAUGUUUAAAGUCUUUCAGAAGUGAGAGGAGUUUUGUUUAAUUUGCACUGCUGUGUCUUAAAAAGCUUUACUGUCCUGAGGGAAAGUGACCGGUGCCUUUCUCAUGGAGGAAAGUAGAACAGAGGUGCUCCUGGGUUUCUGUCUUCAUGUGCCAUUUGUAAAGUCAAAGACUUAAAUAAAGCUCGAGUCAAACUCAA